GUGGAUGGCCCUCCCACCUUCCUUCUCACUGCAAAGUGUGUAAGAGCAGAUCAAAACUUCGAGAUAAGGAAGCGAGAAAUGACACGAGGAAAUGACACAUGAGCCUUGGAUAAAGGAACAAGUGAAUUACAUACAGACCAACCAAGAGAGAAUGACAAAUGGCGAAUGUGCGGGAGACCGAGAGAGGCAGCGACGAUGAGGGAGAAAUGUCAGCUGAGGGAGAGACAGAAAGAGAUAUGGAAAGCGAGAGAGGGCAGAUAGGAGACCAGGGUAUGGAGGAUUGGAAUGGAUUCAUCUCUGGAGACGACGUCAUUGGUUUGGUGGAGGCUUUGGACAGUGGCGACGAAAUCACCCCAAAUUAUGUCCUGAGACUGAACUCCUACACAGAUGAAUAUCUGUGCUUGCCAGAAGACAACAUCUACAACAUCUCCUUCUCUCGUUUCAAGAUCCGAGACUUGGAGUCUGGAGCCAUCCUAAUAGAUAUCAAAAAACAUGGUCCAACAGAAAUUAAAGAUAUGAUAGACUUAAAUGCAGGAAGAUUCAUUCAAUACCACUUUGCCCCUGUAUUUCUGACUCUGAGGGAGAUUGGAGCCACGCUGGAGUUCACUGUGGGCAGCAAGGCUGUGAACAGAUUUAGGUUGAUCGAGAGACAUUACUUCCGAGACCGACUUCUCAAAACUUUCGACUUUGAGAUUGGCUUCUGUAUCCCAUACAGCAGGAACACCUGUGAGCACAUUUACUCAUUACCUGAGCUGGAGCCGGAAACAGUGGAAGAGAUGAUUGCAAACCCGUACGAGACCAAGUCGGACAGCUUUUACUUCGCCAACAACAAGCUCAUCAUGCACCACAAAGCCGAGUACUCCUUCAACGACACAGAGGGGCACAGGGAAUGACAGGCCACAGAACUGUACCGCCGUAACACUGAUACGCUACUGGGCAGAAUGGGGUAGUGCAAGCAGACUCACAGGAGAUCCCCAAACAUUAAUACUUACACAGCACACUGCAAGACAAAAUAAAAACACAGUAGGAUGGUAUUUUACAAUUGGGGAGAUAAGCAGAGAAUGACUGUACGCAUGAGCUAAAGGGUUGAUGGUGUUUAUUUUGUUUGUUAUGUGUUUUAACGCUAUCACA